UAAAUUCAAAAACGAAAGUAGUUCAUUCAAACAGGAAAGUAUGUGACUGUCUUUCGAAUGAUUACAAAGCAAUCAACAGCGCCAUAUUUAACCUCUGAAAAUGACGACUAAUAUCAAUCCGGCUGGUGCAAGUUACCCAAGGGCUUCAUUGUAUGUAGGAGAUCUUCAUCCAGAUGUCACCGAAGCUACGUUGUUCGAGAAAUUUUCAACAGCAGGUCCAGUCCUCAGUAUCCGUGUCUGUAGAGAUAUGAUCACAAGACGUUCACUUGGUUAUGCGUAUGUUAACUUUCAAGACAGAGCAGAUGCCAAAAGAGCCACUGACACAAUGAACUUUGACAUUAUAAAAGGACGGAAAAUGAGAAUAUUAUGGUUGGGAAAAGAUCCAGUAACGAGGAAAUCUGGUGGCAGUAACCUAUUUAUUAAACAUCUUGACAGAAGCGUUGACAAUAAAACAUUAUAUGAUACUUUCUGUGUCUUUGGGAAUAUUUUAUCGUGUAAGGUUGUCUGUGAUGAGCAUGGAUCCUGUGGAUACGGAUUUGUACAUUAUGAAACCGAAGAGCAAGCAAAAGAUGCAAUCGAAAAAGUCAAUGGAAUGUUAAUAAAUGGGAAGAAAGUGUCUCUUACUUUGGAAAUGAGUGACCACAAAAUCCAGGAGGAUAAGAAAGAGUUUAAUAAUCUAUACUUUAAGAAUUUUGCAAAUUUGUCGGAAGAAAAAUUGAGAGAUAUAUUUGAGCCAUUCGGGAACAUUAUCAGUUUAAAGAUAAUGACAGAUGUCUACGGGAAAAGUCGUGGAUUUGGGUUUGUUUGUUAUGAAAAUGCUGACGAAGCUCAGACUGCUGUCGAAGAACUGAAUGGUGCAAUUAUAGGAAACAACACUUUUUUUGUUGGAAGAGCACAGAAUAAAGCAGAGCGUCACGCUGAACUAAAGAAUCAAUCAAGAAACCUUAACGUGUAUGUAAAAAACUUGGACGACAACAUAGAUGAUGAAAGGCUGAAAGAAGAAUUUUCUCAAUUUGGAACGAUUACCAGUGCUAAGGUAAUGACAGAAGGUGGAAGAUCCAAAGGAUUUGGAUUUGUGUGUUUUAGUUCUCCAGAGGAUGCUUCUAAGGCAGUCACAGAAAUGGAUGGUAGGAUUAUUGUAGCCAAACCUUUGUAUGUGGCUCUAUCCCAAAGUAAAGAAGACAGAAAGGCUCUUUUGGCAUCACAGUACAAGCAACGUAUAGAUAGUAUACGGAAGCAGAUUAGUGUGAAGUUUAGACAUCAAGCAUAACAAUGCACAAAGACGGGAAAAGAAAAAAGAGGAAGGAUUUGUUCUAUUGCUAUAUCCCUACUUUCUUGAAUGUCGGGGUGUAUGUUGGAUUUCCAUGGUCAGCCUGUUGCUGGUAUGAUGAGUCAGAUGUUCCCGUCAGCUGGACCAGGGUAUAUCCUUCCUACCAUGACACAGGAACAGAGAAAUUUCUAUGCUCCGACACAGGUACCACUGAUGAGGCCAACAC